AUGUCUGUUUUGAUCGGGCAGGCUGAUAUGGUUCUGCACCUUCCUUCCUGUCCGUGUAAGAAAGGGCGUGAGGUGGAUACAAGGCAGGUGCGUCAUUGGGAAAAACGCACGUGUCAUGCUGAGCUAGGUAGCUGGGUUUUUGGAAUCCGGGAGCUGGAGCUGGAGCUGGUGGAAGCUGGGGAGCUGCACAGGCAGCGACAAAGCGGCAGCCCUUUUGUGACGGUCAAGCAGGCAGACGACUUCGCCCUCCCCAUCAACAACGACUGGCAAGGCCACGUAGCUGUACAAGAGGGGCCCUCGCUGCGCGACACUUGUUCGGUCUGGACAAAUAUCCACACGUCCGCUGCUAGUCAGCCCGCACCCGUUGCUCUAGAGACAGACUACACCAUCGAAAAUCCAUCGUCAUGGUGUCCUUCUGGCCCUGGAGGCAUCUUCCUGACGAGAACGGUCGUCACACUCUACUUCAACUUUCGGAUCGAGAGGCUCUCGGUGCGCCUCAAAGAGCAGCAGGACGAGCGCGCCAAGACGAUCCAGAAGCUCAAGGACGCGACCAAAUACGACUCGACCAUGCAGCUUCUGGAGAAAUACGGCGGCGAAAACAAGACGGACAAGGAUGGCAAAAAGGCGGACAGCAACCAGCAGAACCCCGGAUCCAAGCAGCAAAAUGAGCAGCAGCAGCAGGGCCAACACGGCAACAGAUCUGGUCGCACUGCGUUGCCUCCUCCCCCGACGGCCAACAUUCAGCGCCGUAACGGACCCGUGGGCGUGGCGACCCCCGGCACGCACCAGUCUGGUCACGGCGAUUCGCAGUUGGGUGCGUCGCGCCGCUUACCGGCCUCGAGCCGUCGGCCGAGUUUGCGCCCAACGCCUACACCCAGCAGCCGCCGCAGCACUAUGCCCAGCAGGCCGAGCUCACGACCGACUCGUCGCACUGGUAUGACCGCGCCUCCGGGAACCAAGUCUCUGGCAGAGCUGGGCAUGUGGAAAUGCAUGUCCUGCGGAGCCGCGAAUGGCGAGGUGGACGAGGGCAAGCGCAUCGUCGAUGAGGUGCUCAGGUCAAAGGAAACCACGAGCGAGGUCACGGCGGGCGAGGAAUUCAAGGAGGAGGAGGACAGCGAGGAGGAGACGCCCGAGAUGGUGCAAGUUGGCAAGGACGAGGUUGGCCCCGAGGGCCAAGCGUCUGGAAAACACACGGCAUCAGGCACCCGCAAGCGGAAGGGAAAGAAGGGCUAA